AUGCUCCUCGAGCUGAGCACUGGCGCGCCGAGCCCGGGCGUCCAAACCCCUGCGGUGGCGCCGAGGCCGCCGCCGCAGCCCGCCUCUGCCUCCCUGGGCCCGAUUCCGCCAGCGCCGCCCGGGACUGUUGUUCCCGGUGCGGCGGCGAGGAAGCGGUUCCACACCAAAUUCAGCCCGGAGCAAAAGCAGCGGAUGCAAGCGCUGUCGGAGCGGCUGAGCUGGCGGUUGCAGAAGCGCGACGAGUGCUGCCAGGAGAUGGGCGUCUUCAAGGUCUGGAUGCACAACAACAAGCACAAGUUCAUCGACGGCCACAGCGCGUGCCGCAGCGCCUCAGCCUCUGCCGCCGCUGCCACGGCCAUCCACCACCAUCCGUCCAACCAUGGACCUGGACGGGAGCUUGGGCUCCUGCGUGUGCGCAUGCGCAGGUGCCGCCUCCGCCUCCUCCCGCUCACGCGCGGUGCGGCUACUAAUGGUGACGGCGGCGAGCAAGCGGGGCGUCGUUGCUGGCGGCGUGCGUGCGAGUCGGAGCUGGAGCUGGCGGCGUGA